CGGCUGAGGCGCUAGUGCCGCCCGGUGUGCCCGCGGUCCGGGAGCAGGCGGUGGCGCAGCGGCCGCGGUUCGUAGAGCAGGCGAGUACGAAAAAUCACCACUCAUAUCAUGGAUUUUGUAGAUCAGAUUUCUUUCUUUUGUCUAUCAUGGUAACAAUACAGGAAGCAUACUUAAUUUCUCAUUUCUACAAGUAGUCAUGACUGCUGAAGAAAGAAAGUUUUUAAGCUACAGCAGGAUUCAUUUUGGUACCUUUUAUGAAACUCCCGAUUUUGUUUUUAAUUUUUGAUAACUUUUUGCUAAAGGUAUGAACAAACAAAGAGUUUAUUUUAUUAGGCAAGUACACAUUAAUAAGAAUGCCUAGAAGAGGAUUGAUUCUUCAGACCCGGACCCAGUGGCUGCUGUUGGGCCUCGCUUUGCUCUGCAGUUUGGUAUUAUUUAUGUACCUUUUGGAAUGUGCCCCCCAGACUGAUGGAAAUGCAUCUCUUCCUCGUGUUGUUGGGGAGAAUUAUGGUAAAGAGUAUUAUCAAGCCCUCCUACAAGAGCAAGAAGAACAUUAUCAAACCAGGGCAACUAGUCUGAAACGCCAAAUUGCCCAACUAAAACAAGAAUUGCAAGAAAUGAGCGAGAAGAUGAGAUCAUUACAAGAGAGAAAGAAUGUAGGGCCUAAUGGCAUAGGCUACCAAGGCAACAAAGAACAAGCACCUAGUGACCUCUUAGAGUUUCUUCAUGCACAAAUUGACAAAGCUGAAGUUAGCAUAGGAGCCAAAUUACCCAGUGAGUAUGGGGUCAUUCCUUUUGAAAGUUUUACCUUAAUGAAAGUCUUUCAGUUGGAAAUGGGUCUCACUCGUCAUCCUGAAGAAAAGCCAGUUAGAAAAGACAAACGAGAUGAAUUGGUAGAAGUUAUUGAAGCUGGCUUGGAGGUCAUUAAUAAUCCCGAUGAAGAUGAUGAACAGGAAGAUGAGGAGGGUCCCCUUGGAGAGAAACUGAUAUUUAAUGAAAAUGACUUCGUAGAAGGUUAUUAUCGCACCGAGAGAGAUAAGGGCACACAGUAUGAACUCUUUUUUAAGAAAACAGACCUUAUGGAAUAUAGACAUGUGACCCUCUUCCGCCCUUUUGGACCUCUCAUGAAAGUGAAGAGUGAGAUGAUUGACAUUACUAGAUCAAUUAUUAAUAUCAUUGUACCACUUGCUGAAAGAACUGAAGCAUUUGCACAGUUUAUGCAUAACUUCAGGGAUGUUUGUAUUCAUCAGGACAAGAGGAUUCAUCUCACAGUGGUGUAUUUUGGUAAAGAAGGACUGUCUAAAGUCAAGUCUAUCCUAGAAUCUGUCACAAGUGAGUCUAAUUUUCACAAUUACACCUUGGUCUCAUUGAAUGAAGAAUUUAAUCGUGGACGAGGACUAAAUGUGGGUGCCCGAGCUUGGGACAAGGGAGAGGUCUUGAUGUUUUUCUGUGAUGUUGAUAUAUAUUUCUCAGCCGAAUUCCUUAACAGCUGCCGGUUGAAUGCUGAGCCAGGUAAGAAGGUGUUUUACCCUGUGGUGUUCAGUCUUUACAAUCCUGCCAUUGUUUAUGCCAACCAGGAUAUGCCACCACCUGUGGAGCAGCAACUGGUUCACAAAAAGGAUUCUGGCUUUUGGCGAGAUUUUGGCUUUGGAAUGACUUGUCAAUAUCGAUCAGAUUUCCUGACCAUUGGUGGAUUUGACAUGGAAGUAAAAGGUUGGGGUGGAGAAGAUGUUCAUCUUUAUCGAAAAUACUUACAUGGUGACCUUAUGGUGAUUCGGACUCCGGUUCCUGGUCUUUUCCACCUCUGGCAUGAAAAGCGCUGUGCUGAUGAGCUGACCCCUGAGCAGUACCGCAUGUGCAUCCAGUCCAAAGCCAUGAACGAGGCCUCUCACUCCCACCUGGGAAUGCUGGUCUUCAGGGAGGAAAUAGAGACACACCUUCAUAAACAGGCAUACAGGACAAACAGUGAAGCUGUUGGUUGAUGUAAUUGUUAACACAUUACAGUCUGAACCACAAACCAGCACUGUUUAUUUAGCCUUAAUUCCAAUUCCAGAUGCAGUGCCUCUUUCAGAGAAGACAUGUUUAUUUUUCACGUUCUUGCUGGCAUUACUUCACUUUAGCAAUUCAGCCUGAUAUGCAAAGAAAAAACAAGUGUUUCAGCACAAAGCUUCUGUUUUGUCAGAAUACACCAGCUUUUGUCCCAAAGGUUGUUUUGAUUUAAUUUCUGCCUGGUGCCCAUGCUCUGAUUGAAUGUGGGAUUGCAUGGUAUCCUCAUUGCAUCUGGGUGGAGAGAUGGGAUAUGCCGGGCUGACGGUGAGUCAGAAGCAGCACACUCCCACAGAGGGGACGGAGUAUUAUGGACAUAGGGUGUGGAUAAGUAUCUUCAACAUCAACCACUGUCACCCCACUUGAUUUUAAAAAAAUUUUUUUUUACCCCACUUGAUUUUUAAAUGAAGAGCUUUGGUUGAAGCUUGAAAAAUUCACUGAAACGGGGUAAUUAAAUGAUACAUCUGAAAUCCUCCAUCAAUCAAGAGAAGGCAGAAAUCAAAACCCCUUAACUUAAUAUUGCUUAGCCCCGAAUGUCUGUUUUUGAGGAAAUGAGUGAUAAUAGAAAAUAGUUAGAAUCAAUGGCUUGGUUAAAAAUAUACUAUGUUACUACAUUAUCAUCAUGUUCAAGAUUAGCAGUCAAAGUUGCUGUAGACUGUUUUGAACAAACAGAAAAAACAUGAAAAAAUUUUAACAGCAUUUAAUUAUAUUGACAUACAGUUUAGUUGCUGUGUCUGGGAAUGUCAGUUUAUGUGAGCCAGCUACCUCAGGGCCUGCCUGUGGUGGUUCAGAAUAGAUGAGCAUAACAUGGUUUUUUCUUUUCUUUUCAUUUUGUUUUGGUUUUUUUGGCUUUCUGUUUUCUCAUUUAGCAUGGAUGCAUAUGUAUUUAUUAUCAUUUACUUUCUAAUAUGUUAAUAUAUGCUAUAUCUGUAUGCGUAUUACUAUAAUACUUUGAAAGAGUUUCACUGUGGGGGGAAAAAUAAUUUCAUGAGAUAUACAUAAGAUCAUUCUGAUUUGAGAAAAGGGAAGGAGAGGAAACUAGUGUGAGUGGAAAUCUGAAUUACAGAAUAUUUUAGAGAAAUGUACAUGUAUUGCAUGCAUGUAUAAUGUUUUAAUUGAGAUGUAAGUUAUAUUAAUAACACAAGGUGAAUAAGAAAUAUUCAGGUAGGACUGUACUGUAUUAUUUAUCAAACAUGGAUCUUUUACCAUUAGGUCAAUUGCUAGGUCCAGAAAUUGGAUAUAAGAUGAAAGACAUGCAUAAUUUUUCAAUCUUUGGCUUUUGAAAGGGGCCGAUAUUGAGUUGUAUUUGUAUAUAAACCCAUGAAAAUUCACAGAAGAAAAAUCAUUACAUUUUUUCAUAGCAAAUAUCUGAAAUGUUACAAAUUUCUAGGUGCUACAUGAAUUGGAUUUUACAGUAACUCAACUAAUUAUUCUUACAAGUGUUAAAGUUGGGGUAGUAUUUAGGGAUUUUUUUUUUAAAUAUAAAAUAUUCUCUGCAAAAUAAUUCAGGCCAUUGUCUCCUUUUAUAUACAAUUAUUUAUUAUGAAGACCAAUUAAUUAUUACAGUAUUUAAAGUGAGAGAAUUUAAUUAUUUGCAAAGGUAAGUUGCAACUUGUUUUUGAGAGAAUCCAUGCCACUUUUGUUCCUUUUUAAAAAUAACUAGCUUUUAAUUUAAAGAUAGAAGCUAAAGAAUGGAAGUAUUACUAUGUUUUUGACAUUAAAUGGUACCAAUAAAGUAUUUUAUUAUCA